GGCCAACUUAAUCCAUAUAUGCUACAACAUUCUUCUAUAAAUACAUGAGCAACGUACCCUCCUGAAAUACAUACUGAAUCGCAAACACACAUAUAUACAUAAUGAAAAUGUCUCUCCCAAUUCUCUUCAUCUUUUCACUGAUCCUAAUUUCCUCCUCCCCUCCUCACACUGCAGCACUAGACUUCUGCAUUGCAGACUUAACAUUGCCUACUGGACCAGCAGGCUACCCCUGCAAAAAUGCUGCCAAUGUGACCGCAGACGAUUUUGUUUAUUCUGGGCUAGGCAUUGCAGGUAACACCUCCAAUCUUUUCAAAUCUGCAGUGACCACUGCAUUUGUUACCGAAUUCCCUGGUUUGAACGGGCUAGGUCUAUCCAUGGCCCGGGGAGACAUAGCCCCCGGGGGAGUGAUACCAAUGCACACACACCCUAGUGCACAUGAACUCUUGAUUAUUAUUCAAGGGUCAGUUGUUGCAGGAUUGAUAUCUUCUUCAGACAACCAAGUUUACUUGAAAACUCUUAACAAGGGAGACAUUAUGCUUUUACCUAAAGGCUUACUGCACUUCCAAGUCAAUACAGGACAAGUUCCGGUUAUCGAAUUUGUUAGUUUCAGUGAUCCAGACCCUGGUCUCCAAAUCCUAGCCAAUGCUUUGUUUGCUAACAGUUUGCCUUCGGAAUACAUUGAGAAGGUCACUUUCCUCGAUGAUGCUCAAGUCAAGAAGCUCAAGGCUGUUUUUGGUGGCACUGGUUAAGCUCUCCCUCAAUAUUAAUAUGGUGUUUUCUGUUUUCUUGAUUUGCAUGUUGUGCAAGCUAAUUAAGGUAUGUGUGUAGGAUUCUACUUGUUGUCUGCUAGUACUAGCUGUGUCUUUGAUUGCUUCAUUUUCUAUGUCAAAUUGUAAGCUAGAUGAGUGUAAUUGUCAACUCUGCAAUAAGCGACUUAUAUUUUAUAUUUUAAAAAUAAAUCCGAAGGCAAACUCCUAGCUUCCAUUUGAAUAAAUUCACUAAGUUAGGUUUGGCGUUUA